AUGUCACAGAUGUGCUUCAAGAGUACCAGUGAACUGCAACAUGAACAUGAACAUGAAUCAGAACCAGAGUUGGGAUUGUCCAUCACAGAGAGUCUUCAUGCGUUUCACUUCAAUCAGGCACUUCAGGAUAUUGAGGCUGUGGCUUUCACUGCCAUCAGUCUUUCCGUGCAUGAAGCAAGCACAGAGCCAAGCCUCAGGACAGAUGAGAGAUCAACAUCUACAUGUCUUGAUCAGUUCAUGACAUGCUCUGUCAUCUUGGCUGUAGACUAUCUCACCAGCAAUCAUGACUCUUCUCCCAUAUGGAGUGAAACAUCUAGCCCACUACAGAUAGAGACAUUUACAGAAGUGAGAACUGGAACCAGUGAAGUACCAUAUACUUCUCUGAUCUCCCUCCAUUCAUUGAAAGACCUAGUGAGCCAAACCCAGGUCUCUGGUCAGGCUCCAUUGCAAGGCCCUGCGGGGAAUGCGGAUCUGUGUCCUCCAGAGCAGCUGGCUGUGGAAGUACCUAUGGGCUAUAAUGGUUUACCCCAUCCUAUUUACCCUUCAGCUGUUGACGCCAGCAUUGCGCCCGGCGUGAAGGUGAGAGCAGCUCAAGGGUCGUAUCUCUGA